AUGUCCACCAACCCCAUCCUCCUCCUAGACGGAGCGUUAGGAACCGUUCUCGAGAAAGCCCCCUACAACAUCCUCUUCAACGAAAACACCCCGCUGUGGUCCUCACACCUCCUCCUGACUCAUCCAGGGGUCCUCCAAGCUGUACAUCGCUCUUACGUCGAUGCCGGCGCAGACAUCAUUCAGUCUGCUACAUACCAAGCAAGUGUUGAAGGAUUUGCCAGAACCUUGAAUCCUGAUGCUCCAGAUGCGGAUCAGACAUACUCGGAAUCCGAAGCAGCGCGAUACUGCCGUUCUGCGAUUCCGCUAGCCCGAGCUGCCUUUCCGCUCCAGAGCCAGCUCCAGAACACGAGGCGCAACCAGCCACGUCUCGCUUUAUCCCUAGGUUCCUAUGGUGCAACCAUGUCCCCGAUAACGGCGGAAUACACCGGGCUGUAUCCGAGUUAUAUGGACAGCGUACCGGCGCUGGAAGCGUGGCAUGGUAAGCGGCUGCGGAUCUAUGCGGAUGAUGCUGGCAUAUGGUCGGGAGUCGAGUUUGUGGCGUUUGAGACGGUGCUGCGAUGGGAUGAGGUGUUGGCAAUUCGCGGGGCCAUGCAGAAGGUGCUUUCUGCAAAGGGCUCUGGGCCUGAAGGAAAGAAAUGGUGGAUCAGUGGCGUCUUUCCGCAGGGCGAUGGGGAGGAUAUCCGUCGCUGGAUUGAGGCUGCUGCUUCGAGCCCAGGCUCAGGUUCUCUGAAUGGCGGGCGAUUAUACGCACCUUUAGAACCGCCUUCUGCACUGCCCGGCUAUAUGGGCUCCACGAGUUUCACCGCGGUUCUGGCUGAGCAUCGCAAUGAGAUUGUAUUUGAGCAGGACGAAAACGUGGACUCUUGUCCGGUUUUGGUUGUGGAGCCAGAUCGGGUUCAGUCCGGAGCCGAGGUGUUGCUCUUCCUGUACAAUAUCAAAGAUCGCCACAAGCUUAUCGACAAAUUCUACGUGCGAUCAUGGAAUGUGGUGGUACCCAAGAUGGUGGUAGAUGCCAUCAUGGACUCCAUCGACGAGAUCUUUGGCGGGUUCAACCACAACGAUUUGAUGCCCCAACUGCGAAGUCUAGCCACUCAGAUCUUCCAGAAUUCCUCACGAGCUUUGACCACUCACCAGUCGAUGACUGUUAAGGAGUAUUGCACUUCAUUCACCGGACCCAACUUUCGCUGGGAAGCUCUCGGGAAUCUAUUUACAUUGUGCGGCCAGCAACUAGUGAUCACCCCUGAAAAUGAUCCUGCAGUCGCCGAGGGAGACAAUCCACGAGCUAAGGAUCGACUUUUGGAACAAGUGACUGCAGCCAGUACGAUCUGCCUUAAUUUCUGCGACCAGGCCUCCGCUGCCAAUGAAAUGCUGGCGUAUCUUCAGUAUAACGAUUUUAUGCUACGAACACAGCUAUAUGGAGAUUCGAGCUAUCAAGCAUGGCGUCGACUUGGCGAUCUCACAGCCACCAUUUACGCCGCCGGCUUGCAUGUGGACACCGAUACCUCAGAAGAUUGUCCUUUUUUUCUUCGGCAAUGGCGUCGAUGCUGCUUUACAUCGGCAUUCUACAUGGAUAAAAUGAUGGCUACAUUCGUCGGUCGGCCGCCCUUGCUGAACUAUAGAUAUUGCACAUUGACCCCUCCCUUGGAUUUAAGCGAUGAAGUCCUUGUAGCAGGAGGCGAGGCUCUAAGUCAGGCGAUCUCCGAGCUUGACAGUGCAGGCUGGAGCACAAAUGGCGCUCGCCAUCGAAUGUCAACGGGGCGAAUUCGGUUCCAACUCUCCGUCUUCAGAGAGAGGACACUGGAGAUCGCAUUAGUUAGUCAUGAACCGCGUGAUCUUGUUCAAAAGUGCAAUGAAAUCCGUGAGGGUGUACGUGCCGUGUGGGAGUCGACUCCCGAUCACCUUCGAUAUGAUAAAAGGCCCAGGGAUGAUUUCCACUACGGGUGGCUGACCAUUGUUUACCUCUAUCUCAACUACUUGUACACUUGCUUCCUGCUUCAGAGUGCCUUGAUCAAGCAUACGAACACCGGGCAAGAGUUGCUCUGCGAUAUAUCGCGCCAGGUUCUGGGAAUCGUGAAUACCAUCACCACCAUGCGCAAUCCGAUGGUGGGCUUUGAUCGGCAUUAUUCCUGGAUUGCCCUUACAUACGGUGUCCCUAGCUCCGGUGUUCUUCUGCUUGAACUCCUACACCAAUCCCGCACACCCGGAUCUCACAACGUGGUUCUUCCGCGCGCCGAGCUAGUCCGCAAUCUGAGCGUGUUCAUCUCGAUGCUUUCUUGGAUUGCACGGCCUGGCCACGGUAACUAUCGCACAUGCAAAGAAGCUGAGAAGAACCUGUCUCGCAUCUUUGAUCAGGUACUCGAUCCGCAGCCUGUUCAUGCGGAGAUGGUGCUUGAUGUCACGUCCGAACUGUCCAGCUUCUUGAACUGGUCCAAUUACAACAGCUGA